AUGGGUUCAAAAGCGUGCAAUCGACAACGUCCAUGGAGUUUUGAUGUGAAUUAUUUUCCUGAAACAGUGUUUCAUUUUCCAAUUAGUCCCGGUGAAGCAGGAAAAUUCGACUUUUAUCGAGCAUAUAUCACUAAUCAUGGAUAUUUUACAGAUCCAACAUCGUUUGAUUGUUCGGAUGCAUCUACUCUUCCAACAUCACCAUCAUCAAUCAAAAAACGACGAGAAAUAUCAUCUGUUGAUUUUGUAUCAUCUGAUGAAUCAAAAUCUUCAACAUUGACGACUUCACAAUCAUCAAAUUCAAUUUCUUCAGCUAAAUCAGAAGGAAUGUCUUCAAAAGAUUCUAAUGUUUUGUCAAAGACUAAUAGUGCACAUAGAGAAUUAACUCAUUCUACUCAAUCAUUUCCAUCAUUGGCUGAUCUUGUUAAGAAUGUUAUCAACAAAGGUCAUUUCAGUGCAAAAUCAAAUCACACUUCAUAUUCAUUUUCUGGAACGACAUUAUCAUCAAAAGAUCUCAAUCACUUAUCUCCUCAAUCAAUGUAA